UCAUCCAAAACUUCUAUUUUUCCCCCCCCAAAUCUCAUCUCAUCUCAUCCCCCUCCCCUCCCUCUCCGUGCGCCGCCACCACCACCGCCACCGCCGCCGCCGCAGGAGCAACCCCGAGGAGACGGAGGAGGGAGGAGGCAGCCGACGCCGCCGCGAUGUUCUACUCGCACACGAUCCUUGCGCGGAAGAGCCCACUGGGCACGGUGUGGAUCGCCGCCCACCUCGAGCGCAAGAUCAAGAAGCCGCAGAUCGACGGCAUCGACAUCCCCUCCUACGCCGAAUUUAUCAUGUUCCCUGAAGUUCCAAUUGCUCUGAGGUUGUCAGGGCAUCUUCUUCUAGGUCUAGUUCGCAUUUAUUCAUGGAAGGUAAACUACCUCUUCCAUGACUGUAACCGGAUGCUAAGCACAAUCAGAACCGCCUUCGCUUCUGUACAAGUAGAUCUGCCCCUUCAUGCGGAUCAUGCGCCUUUUGACACCAUCACAUUGCCUGAUACAUUCCGUCUUGAUGACAUAAACCUAGAUGAUGCAAUUCGUCUGAUAGAUACGCCAGAUAAUCAUCGGAAGAGUCUGGACCAGAUCACCCUGGCUGAAGGAGACUAUCUGAUGAUUGAUCUUGAUGAGGAUGCUAGAGUAGAGCUAUCAGCUCCUGGACAAUCUUCACACAUGGGACCUGAACCAACUGACGAAGAGAGAUUGCCUCCAUUUCACAUCGAUUUUGGGCCAAGUGACAAUAUGGAUGAGGAAAUUUCCGUAGAUCCUUCCCAAGGCAACAACUCGGAGGCAGUGAACACCAGUAACAUAAAUCAGGCAGAUAAAGCACCAGAUUUACCUGAAAUAAUGCGUGAAGCACCAUUUGAGGGCCCUGAACUUAACUUGCCAGAUAUUGAUGAGGUAAACAAUGAUCCCAUGGAUGUGACUGAGGAAUCUUCACCAUUUGUGUCCAAGAAUAUCACCCCUCCGGCACUGGAACGAACUAUAUCCCCUGGUCAAGGUGGAUUAUCUGGGACAUCCAUUCCCAAUGCACGAGGAAGUACAAGCACCACAUAUGACAAUAUAGAAGAUGUUAUACCAAUGGAUAUUGGAAUGCCUGAUUUUAGGAUUGAACCAUCUCCACCUCGAGUACAAGAUGAGAUGAAUGCACAACCAGUACAAGGUGAGAUAAACGCACAACCAGUACAAGAUGAGAUGAACGCACAACCAGUACAAGAUGAGAUGAAUGCACACCCAGCACAAGAUAAGAGGAGAAUUAGAUAUGACAAUGAAAUAGUGUUCUCCAAUGCUUAUAUGAAGAGACAAAUUGAUGGCGGUGAACUACAUCGUCUGGUCAGCAAGAGGAGGAAACUGCCUCAAGCAGCGGUGGAUGUGUGGAAAUUCAACAGGAUUCGCCAAAAGGAUGGUUUCUUGCUUGAUCCUUUGGUCCAUGGGAUGUGCGCUACCCUACGUCAAACCUACGAGAGAACCUUCCCCCAUGUGAUUGACCCUGAAGCUGAGUCAGGAUCUGUCGAGCAUACUCCUGGGGUAGCUAAUGACAGUAUUCAGGAUACACAUGAUCAUCAACUCUCCCCGAAGUCUCCUGGAAACACAGAUGCACAACCUGAACAUCAGUUCAAUCAACAAGCUCCAAGAAAUUCAGAUGGACAACCUGAACCUGAGCUUAACCCAAAGUCUCCUGUAAAUGCAGAGGCACAACCUGAAUCUCAGAUUAAUCCACAAUCUCCAAGAAAUGCGGAUGGACAGCCUGAACCUGAGCUCAACCCAAAGUCUCCAGGCGAAGCAGGCACGUCACACUUUGAUGAUAUGCCUGAGAUCCCUCGAUUCUCGCCACAAAAUAUUCCAUCUCCAAUAAGAGACGACAAUUCUCCUUUCAAAACUCCUGGUGCUGGUGGAACUCCGAAAUCAAGACUUGGAGAAACUCCUGCCUCUGGGACACCAGCAGAUAUGAGUUACAUGUCACCUGGACAAGACUCUGAUCCUCAAGUUUCUCCUUUUCCAUUUAAUGAUGAACUUGAUGGAGAUUUGCCCGAGAUUCCUAGCCUCAUGAGUACUCCUGGAGUAAUAUCUACCGCAGGUACUGGCACCACAGGAUUGGGAAGCAUGUCUGCUAGGACAAGGGCUGUGGCACAGUACUUCAAAGAUCAAAUGGCUUCGGCUACAUCAGAUGACCAACCUGGUAAAUUUAUCUUGAACAGAAUCUUGGAAGGGAGACACAGGAAACAAGCUGCACGCAUGUUUUUUGAAACACUGGUUCUAAAGAGUUAUGAUUAUAUUGAUGUUGAACAAGAAGCAGCCUAUGGUGAUAUAGCAGUUUCAGUUAAACCCUCACUCUCAGGAGCCAAAUUUUGACCAAUUCAGUUGCUUAGAACCACAUAUAAUCUCAUUUGAUCCGCGGGAAGGAGCUUUGGUGGGAUUUGCAGAAAUGGCCUGAACAAUGGAUUCUUAUAUGCGACAUGGCUGGCUAAUCUACUGCAAUUUGCUGGACUCCAAUUACUAGAACAAGUAGGCACUCCAUGCCAUUUAGGUUUAUGUUGCAGAAUACUGUAGUUGUAAAGCUGUAGCAUUAGUAGUUGUCGAAAGCCAAUACAUCUUGUCCAGUUAGGACUUCAGAUGGUAGUCCUUGCCUAUGCUUUCUUGGCAGAAAGCAAAGUGAACAAGGAAUCAGAUGAAGAUAAGAAUUUUUCUUACUUUUGCUGUUUAAUUACAUGGUAGUGAUAUGUUAAAUACAAGUCGAAAAAUGUUGGAUGACUAGCAUAAGACAAUUUUAUAAAUGUCAGUGUACAUAGUCUGAUAUCUUCAGUGUGCCAGAGCGCAGAGUCUGUUCAGAAAAUUUUCAUGCAAUAUGUGUUCUGCAAUGCACCAUUAUUUGUUGUA